AUGCGUCGCCAUGGCAGAUCUGGAGGCCCGACCAAGGCCGUUUCAGCCAUGUCCGACACCGUCUCUCUGAUCCAUUCCUUCGACUCAGUCUUGAACCCCAAUCGUCCUGCGCGACCUUCACCUUUAGCCUCCUCCAACAUCAAAGCUCUCCCACUCGAACUAGUCGAUAGGUUGCGCUCCUUCCCCCUCUUCCAGGCCGUCCCAGAAUCCUUCUUGUUUGAGGUCGGUCAACACUUGCGCCCACAACUCCACGCCCCCAACGACUAUAUCUUGACCGAAGGUGAUGAUGCAAAGGCGAUGUACUGGUUGGUGCGCGGUGCCGUCUCGGUCACAUCACGAGACGGUGAGAGCAUAUAUGCUGAGCUCCAGCCCGGUGCCUUUUUUGGAGAAAUUGGUGUGUUGAUGGAUCGUCCACGCACAGCAACAAUCAUCGCCCGGACACGGUGCAUGCUGGUCGUGCUCACCAAGGAAGAUUUUCGCAAUAUUUUACCGCGCUUCCCCGAGGUCGAACAGGCAAUCAGAGAAGAAGCUCAGGAGCGGCUCAUGAUUCUAGAAAAGAAAAAGAAAGAGACAUCCGCGCCCGCCGUGGAUCUAGAUCCCCCAAGAAUCCCGAGCCCGAUGCGAAGAGGGUCGAAGCGAUUGAGGGAGAACCACGCCAAAGACCUGAUCGCUGCCGAGGAAGACUUAAGCGUCAAUUCAGUACAUAAAAAGCGAAAAUCACCGAGUCCGGGCCGGCGAGAUGCUUCCAGUGCUCUUGCAAAUGGCCUAGUGAACGUUCGUCUCCUUCUCAAAGAGCUGCCUCUAUUCUCCGGUCUACCACCCGAUAUACUCCACUUCUUGGGCCUCAAUGCGCAACCGCGCUCAUUCUCUCCAUUUACGGAUAUCAUCCGACAGGACUCCAAAGGACGCGAACUCUACUUCAUCGUACGAGGUGAGGUAGAGGUCGUUACCGAAAAAGCCGAACCCAAUGACGACUUAAAUCACAAACCGAAUGGGUCCGAUCGUACGAGGACAGAAAUCAAGGCUCGGCUUAAACAAGGGCAAUACUUUGGUGAAGUGGUCAGCUUGUCACUUGCGCCUCGAAGAACAGCGACCGUUCGCUCAGUCACGUCGGUCGAAUGUUUGAUGCUCAGUGGGGAGGUCCUCUCUCAGUUUUGGGAAAUGUGCCCGAGUGACAUCCGUGAAUCAGUAGAGCGCACCGCUCAAGAAAGACUUCAGACUACUGCCGACGGCGAUGUAGUCAUGACAGAUGCAACAAACGAACAGCCUCCUUUGGGUGACUUGGAAUUCGACGAUCGAGCCUCUUCUCGGAGAAAGUCAAUGCCGUUAUUGACCCUGACAGAGACUGAAUUAGAUGGUCCGCAUCAGUCUUCGCCGGUCGAAGAUCAAGAGCAAGCAGUACUGCGACCAUCAGAUCCCGAUCCAUAUCUCAGUCUUGGUUUGGACAAAGUCCGACUUCGAAGUCGCCGAGGCUCAGUAGCACCUUUGACACCAGAAGAAGUCACUGGUGAGUACCAAAGGCAAUCUCCGACGGAACCGCGGUCGGCUGGCUCGUCUUCUCUUGCACUUCCAGACACGCUUGGCCUGUCAAAACCACAUCAAGUGCCGCGCCCUUCCAGUGACGGUCACCACGGAAUCUUCCCUGACAGUGUCCUUCUGAACAUUUUCAAAUUUCUUGAACUCCAUCACUUGCUUCGACUACGUGCAGUGUCUUCUCACUGGUCUGAAAUUCUCACCAGGUCUCCUGAAGUGAUUCGUGAUCUCGACUUGAGUGUAUAUAACCGCCAACUCACCGAUGACGCUCUUGUGAAAAUCAUUUGCCCAUUUGUUGGCAAUCGCCCCAACUCGGUGAAUGUCAAUAACUGCUUUCAUAUCACAGAUGAGGGCUUCAACGCAUUAGCCAAUACAUGCGCACCCAAUGCCACGACAUGGAAGAUGAAGAGCGUUUGGGAUGUGACGGCUUCUGCUAUCCUCGAAAUGACUAGCAAAGCAACAGAGUUAAAGGAAGUGGACUUGAGCAAUUGCCGCAAAGUAGGCGAUACUCUUAUGGCCCGGAUUAUUGGGUGGGUGUUGCCUGGGGGUCAGAAGCCUACCGAAGGCAAAAAUGCAUCCAUUAAGCCAACCAUGCAGACAGAAGAUGGUUUGGUAUAUGGCUGUCCGCGGCUAAGAAAGCUCACGCUCUCAUAUUGCAAGCAUGUAACUGAUCGCUCAAUGCACCACAUUGCGUCACAUGCAGCGGGUCGAAUUGAAGAAAUGGACUUGACUCGCUGUACCACCAUUACGGACCAAGGAUUCCAGUACUGGGGAAAUGCUCGCUUCACCAACCUGCGAAGACUGUGCUUAGCGGACUGCACAUACCUGACCGACAACGCCAUCGUGCAUUUGACGAAUGCCGCCAAAAAUCUGCAAGAACUAGAUCUGUCAUUUUGCUGUGCAUUGUCCGACACAGCCACCGAAGUUCUUGCCCUUCAAUGCUCGCAAUUGAAAUAUCUCAACAUGUCGUUUUGCGGGUCCGCGAUUUCCGAUCCAUCCCUUCGAAGUAUCGGUCUUCACCUUCUCUCCCUCCAACACCUAUCUGUGCGAGGUUGUGUUCGAGUCACCGGAGUGGGUGUUGAAGCAGUGGCUGAAGGCUGCCAUCAGCUCCGAACCUUUGACGUCAGCCAAUGCAAGAACCUCGCUCCCUGGCUCGAUGAUAAUGGACCAAUGCGAUAUCAACCCCGACUUGAAUUUGAGAGGGUUGCCACAAAUGGCAGAAACUUUCGAUGA